AUGGUUGAGCCCUUCUUAGGGACCUGGAAGCUGGUGUCCAGUGAAAACUUUGAGGAUUACAUGAGAGAACUGGGAGUGGAUUUUGCACCCCAGAACGUGGCAGGAUUAGUGAAGCCAACCAUCACUAUUAGUGUGCAUGGAGAAGUGAUAAAGUUAAGAACAGAAAGUCCUUUCAAAAACACUGAGAUCUCCUUCAAGCUGGGGGAAGAAUUUGAUGAGACCACAGCAGACAACCGGAAAGUAAAGAGCAUUAUAAACUUAGAUGGUGGCACAAUGAUUCAGGUCCAAAAAUGGCUUGGCAAAGAGACAACGAUCAAAAGAAAAAUUGUAGAUGGAAAAAUGGUAGUGGAAUGUACCAUGAAUAAUGUUGUCAGCACCAGAAUCUAUGAAAAGGUGUGA